AUGUCGAACAGAGAAGCAAGAUUUACGCAAGGCGUCCUGGUCGACACGACGCCUAUGCCCGAGCACAUUCCCGCGGUCAAAGAAGUCGGAGCCAGUUCAGCACCUCUACUCAGCGCAGCCUAUUUCAUUGGUGCCCGGUGUCGGCCUUACAAUGACGACUACAUGCAGUGCAAGACCGAGGCCUACGGCCGUGGAGAGAUUGACUGCUUGAGAGAGGGGAGGAAGGUGACGCGAUGUGCUUCCAGCGUGAUCGACGACAUUAAUAAGAACUGCCUCGAGGAAUUCAGAUCACACUGGUUGUGCCUGGAGAACAACAACCAUCAAUUAUGGCAGUGUCGGCGGCCGGAGAGGUUGUUAAACAAAUGCGUGUUCAAUAAAAUUGGCUUGGAAAAGGUCAUCCCAGAUACACCUAAAGGACAAACUCCUAUACAUUUACGAGAUUGGCAGACGUUUGCCAACGACAGACUGAUCCUCAGACCCAACGAGAAGGACGUCGGUAUCGGAAAGGACGGACAAGAGUUGAAGAAGGCCGCGUGA